AUGCUGUGCGGUCGCGUUUUCGUCUUGAUCUUUACGGUGAGUUCACUUCCGAUUUUUCAGUUGAUUUAUGUUUCUUUUUCAGUAUGCCAUCGUUCAAAUUGAAUGUAAUAUUACGGACUGGUCCAAAGAUUACCCAUUACCGUAUCAAUUCAACUUUACGGACAGUCGGCGUUUUGAGAUUGGUAAGGAAUCCUGUGGGUAGAGAGAUGAUAUAUCAGUCAACAUGUUUUUUGAAAAGAAAUCUUGGUUUUGUAGACCAUCUCAGGGCACGUGCGAUAAAACUGUAUUAUGCAAGAAAGGGGGAACACGUCAAACUGAGGAGUCCGGCGACCGGAAUAGACUCUUCGCUAUCGGUUUUUUACACUUCGUCUUGAUUUCGCAGAGAAGGCAGAGAAAAGACGCGCAAAAAUGUACUCUCUCGUCCCAAAAAUUCCCCAUUUCUUCCCCGACAAAGCGUUUUUUCACGUCUUUUUUUUGGCAAAUUGCCAAUCCAUUCACCGGAUUGUUUUAGCUUAUCUCAGUUUGACGUAGACAUGGCUCGUCGGCCGGCCCGGCCCGUUUCAAAUUUUCCGUUGGCCCGGCCCGUUUUAAAUUUGCUUCGGCCCGGCCCGGGCCGGCCCAUUGAAACGAAAGUCUCCCCAAGUCUAACUCCUUAUGACCAAAUUUGUUUCUAUCAUCAUGUAAAUGGAUAAAUACUGUGUUCCAUAGCUAUCUAAAAACAAAAAUUCCUUUAAAAAAACCAAUUGUGUCUUGACAUUGCGUUUAUUUUAAUUAUCAAACCCAAUUUUCGCUUCGAGAUUCUGGAUUUUAAAUAUUCCGGGCCGGGCCGGGCCGAAACGCCGGCCCGGCCGACGGGCCGCAAAUGGUCCGGCCAGCCCGGCCGAUCUGGAAUCGGGCCGACGGGCCGAAACUUCGGCCUGGCCCACGGCCCGGGCCGGCCCGGCCCAUGAGCCAUGUUUAGUUUGACGUGGGCAGUGCCUAUCUUAAAAAUCAAUUUCUUAAAAAUUACGGGAGAUUAUUCUACGAUUGAUUGGCAAAAUUAAUUUUUUGCUGCCUAACUGUCCCUACCCUCCUUUUUCCAGGCUGCAUGGUCAUAAUCUACGUUCAACUGCAAGAGCACGCCGUGAUUGGUUUACACGACCAGAACGAUAACAUAAACUUAAACAUAACCGUUCGCACUUGGGCGGUCGUUUUGAGUUCGAGGUUUUACGAUGACGUUGGUGAAAAUGUUUAUAUCUGCGAAAGAGACAGCUACAUCGAGUGCACCAACGACAACGGCAUCUCGGAAGUGAUCAUUGCGCGAGUGGAAGGCGGUUUCAAUGUCUUCAUGAAUGGGAAACGAAGGAAUACGAACGUUUAUCCAGGCAAACUUCGGACGGAAGCGGUGUCUCUUUUGGUGCAGAGUGAAGAAGUGGGCAAGAAUUUUGAGGUCACUGGAAUAACUGCUUUACUACCUGAUCUAAUUUAG